AAGAAGGCUGCCCCCCCGCUCCUGCGGCCCCCCCCGGGGGCCCAGGCGGGCGCACCCACCGCGGCGCCACGCCAGCGGCCCGCCGUCGGCGGCAGCUGGCGCCCUGCCGGGAUGCAGGCCCUCGCUCUGCCGCGCGGGCAGGCCGCGGGGCCCGCCGCCGAGAGGACGGUAGCCGGUGCCCGGACGUCUGCGCGCUCGGCUGGCCCCGCGCCCGGGCUCGGCGGUGCGCCUCGCGCGGGGCACCCCACCGCGGCGGGGGCGGUGGUGGCGCUGGCCUCCGCCCUGGCGGCAUGCUGCUCGCGGGCGGGCCGCAGGAAGAGGCGCGGCGCUGCCCGGCUGCGGGCGGCGCGCCUCCGCACCGCGCGGGCGGGCGCGGGCCAGGCGCCAGCCUGGAUCAGCGCCGGCUCCCGGCAGAAGCUGGGAACGCACAGUGGCAGCGCACUGGGUCGGGAUCCUCUGGCGGGGCCCAGUGAGUCCGUGUCCAGAACCGAGCCCAGACCGCCUGGUAGAGCUGGCGGUCCAGGGCUGGGCCUGGGUUCCUCGGCGAGUGCGACCGUCCACAGCGAUCUGACCGAGCAGGUCUUCGGGAUGCUCGAUGCGGAUGGCGACGGGGUCGUCCGCAAGGAGGAGCUGCUGCGGGGGCUUCGCCGCAUGCUGAGGAAUCUGGACGAGAGCAGCAAUCAGGCCGUGGAGGGGACGCCGAGGCAAGAGGUGGAAUUGACUAAGGUCGAGACGUCCAAGAGCGAGGCACUGAAGAAGGCCCUUGCGUCGCUGAACAUCGACCAAGAGCAGCUAAAGGAGAUCAUACGUUUCGCAUUCGACCGCUUCGAUUCGGAUGGCGACGGACGUAUCGACCUCGAGGAGUUCCUCAGCGCAGCAAAGCUUCUCGGCAUGGCUAUGAGCGUGGACGAGGCGAAGUUGGUUUUCCAGUCGCUGACUGGCACUGGGGGCUACAUUGCCGCCGAGGACGUGAGCAACACACACUGGAAUACUUGGGGCGACGCUGUGUCGAAGGCGAUGAUGAAACAGUACGCCAAGAAGGGUCUCAACAAAUUCGAAUACUUCGUGGAGAGCGUGCAGGAAAUUCUGAAUCAGGACAUGCCCGUGCAGGGGAAAUUUCAGAAGUUCUGGGCGUUGCUGGCGAGCCAGCAGGAGAACCUCUUUGAUUUUACCGAGGUCAUGGUUGACCUCGCAGGCUUUUCCAUCGCUGCAAUCGGCAUCUCGAACGAGCUCACCUGCACGGGCGAGUGCACGGAUUCCGUUGACAUUACCAACGUUUUGCCCUUCGUGUUCUUCCUCUUCAUCAGCACCAGGGACAUCUUCAAGCAACUGAAGGUGCACGUGCGGGCCAGCAUGGACGGCCCCACGGCCCUCGCGUACGCCCAGGUGUUCAAGCCCGCCGGCAUCACCAUUGAUGACUUCCUCGUCCGCAGGGCGCCUCUCAGUGGCGCACGCUCCGCGCUGGUGAGACUCUCGCGUGCACCGGGGACGAAUGUACUGCACAGCUCGGCCUGGUGGUCAACGGCGAGGUCGAGGUGGUGCAGCAGGGCCUCCUGGGAUUCGGCGAGGACCUGGCCGUUCUCCAGCCCGGCGCAUUCGUCGGCGCUGUGGACUUCCUCAUGGCGCAGAGGGAGAUGGAAGGCGAGGGGCGGAGGCAGGAGCCAUCUGGGGCCGACGAGGGGGAGUAUUUCAUCGCCAAGCGUGACACGCUCCUGCUCACGUGGGACUCCACCAAGCUGCAGCGCUUCCUCGCGUGCCACGAGGGCGUGAGCCAGAAGAUGCGUGGUCUGGUUGCCAGCUCCAUCGUCGCGAACGUCUCCCAGAUGAAGAAGACGAUGGCAGACCGGACGGCCCAGCACAGAGAUCUCUUCGAGCGAUUCACCCGCCUACUGAACUCCAAGAUAUCGGCGGAGCGCGCGACCAUGUGGAUCUACCACGAGGAGAAGGAUGAGCUUUGGACCUUAUUGAUGAACAGCAGCUCGACGGAGUUUUUCAUCUCCAUCGGGGCAAGGAAUUCGGGGCUCGCCGCGCAUGCCUUCCAGACGGAGAAGAACCUCGUCAUUCCAGACUGCUACGCCGAUCCUCGCUUCAACAAGGAUGUGGACAGGAACACAGGGUUCGUCACGAGGAACAUGCUUUGCGCACCCAUUUCCGAUCACAGUGGCGAGCGGUGUAUUGCGGUCCUUCAGUUCAUCAACAAGAUCGACGGGAGAGGCAAUCCCUCCGCUUUCUCGGACGACGACUGCAAGUCGGCCCAGGACCUCAUGUGGCCUCUUAUCCCCGCCAUCGAGACCAUCUUUACGCGAAAUAAUCGACGCCCUCUGAGAAGACGGUGAACGGUGUUGUGUCCUCAGAUGUUCGAUCGCAGCCCCUUUGCUAAUGCGGGCGUCCAGCUUUGGCGCAGAAAACAGCCGAAGGCACCAUGGGCAUUCCACGGGAGGUCCACGGUCGGACGCGCAGAAGUGCCUGCCCCGAGCAGAUGACUCGAGCGGCACGUGUGCAGCACUGACAGCGGGCGCAGCCAGCGAGCGCUCGACGCCGACAGGCGCCUCCGAGAGAGCCCGCAGCUGAGACACGGCACCCCAGGGGCAGGGCAAUGCCAGGCAGAGCAAUGCGACGGUUGUGUUCGGGGUGCGUAGCUCAUGUCUUGUGCCUGCCAACGCCUGGUUGUGAUAAUGCAGUCUCGGUAUCGGCUCGGAGAGCCACAACAGGCUGGUUUCGCACGAACUUCUGAGGAUUUGCAGCAUACAGGAAGUGGCGUCUGGCCACAAGGCCAGACCUCUGACAGCACCAUACCAGGUGAGUAAUCACGGCAUGCCCAAGUGUUGAUCGAAUGGCCUUCGGCCCAUACGCCGUGAUUGGGUUUUGCGUCAUAGGCUUUCGGGAUGCUCGUCGGGAUGUCGCGGGAGGCGUCUCGGUGGCCUCGUGGAAGCAGUUUUGAUGUUUGAGGACUGAGAUUCAGGGGUUGAGCAAGGUAUCUGGGGACGCUCCACUUCAUGCCACAGGGCACGGUGGCGGGUAGGAAGAAUUCACUUGGGAGCUGCAUGGCUCCAGUGCUAUGUCCAGUGACUAGAUCCUUUCGCAUUCCCGCGUUGCCAGACGAAGCUCGGCAAGGCUCCUUCUUUGCGAUCAGGCUCUUGUGCACGCUUGUGCCUAGUUUACUGACGGCAUUUCUGCUUCCCCAUUGGAAGGGUGGCUCGCUGACGUCACUUUUUGUAGGUUGGCUCGCUGGCAAUGCUUAGUGUUGUGCAGAGAUUUAUCUGCCGCCGACUGUCAUUUACAUCUGUACUUCGAUGCCGCUGGGCAUGGCCUUUUCUGCAAUGGAAUGUACGGAGAACCUCGGAGGUCGAGGAAACAGUAUCUUCGUCGAUUCCUCCUCAAUUUUAAAAUGGUUUAUGCACGGCUGCUCCUUUCAUUCUCCGCCAGCGAAUGGCUUGCUCGGGGUCCUCCAACGCCAUUGGCUCCUUACAGAGGAGGGUCGCCCCUUGAAGGCAUCUCACCGCGUACUUGGUUGCGUAGGGUGGCCGCUUGUAGGGAAUUGUUUACAUAGCGUCUCCAUGCGCCCACUAGUUGGAAUUGCUUACAACUUGAGAGUCGCAGUUGUUUUUCUAGUACCUGAUUGUCCUUCUGAUAUUCCUCUUGGCUUUCUUCCUCCUCCUCCUCUUGCUCAUCCCCUGCCAAAUCCGAAUCGCCCUGAUUAGCAUUUCGGUAGGUACCGUCUAGGCUUCUCGGAUCUGCGCUCGUUUUUCGUUGCCUUCGGUCGGUCCUUCGGUCGGAGCCGCCUGUCUCUCAACGGAGCUGAGGCUGGAUGUCAGCCCACUUCCAGAAACAAA